CAGCCGGGAAGCAGCCUCAGCCCCGAGAAGCGCCCCGCUCGCCUCUUCCGUCCCCCAGCAGAGCUGCAGCAGCGGCUGACGCAGCCUUGAGCAGCCGGAGCGGCCAGAGCACAGCCAUGGCUUCCGAAGGGAAGAUGACCGCCCCGUUGCUGCUGGCCGUCGGGGGUGCCGUGUUGGGGUCCCUGCAGUUCGGGUACAACACCGGAGUCAUCAACGCACCGCAGAGGGUGAUAGAAGAAUUUUACAACCAAACAUGGUUCAACCGAUACGGGACGUACAUCACCCCGGGCAUGCGGACCACUCUCUGGUCCCUCUCAGUCUCCAUCUUCUCCGUCGGUGGGAUGUUUGGUUCGUUCUCCGUCGGGCUCUUUGUCAACCGCUUUGGACGGAGGAAUUCCAUGCUGAUGUCCAAUGCUCUGGCUUUCCUCUCGGCCAUCCUGAUGGGCUUCUCCAAGAUGGCCGGCUCUUUUGAGAUGCUGAUCCUCGGACGUUUCAUCGUGGGCAUUUACUCGGGCCUCACCACCGGCUUUGUGCCCAUGUACGUGGGCGAGGUGUCCCCCACGGCUCUGAGGGGGGCGUUGGGAACACUCCACCAGCUUGGGGUCGUGGUGGGAAUCCUGGUUGCACAGAUUUUCGGUAUCGACCUCAUCAUGGGGAACGAAACCCUGUGGCCCCUCCUGCUGGGCUUCACCUUCAUCCCCUCCUUGGCCCAGUGUAUCCUGAUGCCGUUUGCCCCCGAGAGCCCCCGCUUCCUCCUCAUCAACCGCAACGAGGAGAACAAAGCUAAGAGUGUCCUAAAGAAGCUCCGUGGGACAACCGACGUCAGCAGGGACCUUCAGGAGAUGAAAGAGGAGGGCCGGCAGAUGCUGCAGGAGAAGAAGGUCACCAUCCUGGAGCUCUUCCGUUCUCCUCUCUACCGACAGCCCCUCUUGAUCGCCGUCGUACUGCAGCUCUCUCAGCAACUUUCGGGGAUCAACGCGGUCUUCUACUACUCCACGGAUAUCUUUGAAAGAGCCGGAGUGCAGCAGCCCGUCUACGCCACCAUUGGGGCUGGAGUGGUCAACACAGCUUUCACGGUUGUCUCGCUGUUUGUGGUAGAACGGGCCGGCCGAAGGACGCUGCACCUCAUUGGACUCAUGGGGAUGGCCCUGUGUGCGGUUCUCAUGACUAUCGCCUUGGCACUGCUGGUGAGUAGGAAACAUGGAUCCAUCAGAGGCCCCAUGGCGGUAAAUGAGGAGGACCCUGGCGUUUUCACCAACCAUCUCAUAUGCCCGAUUCUUGGCACAGGACCAGCCGCCUUAGUGCUGGUGGUGGAUGGAGUCAUCCUUAGCUGUCCUCCCUCCGACUCCGCCCUGAGCAGAGCCCUGAUGCCCCUUCCUCUCCUUCCCUCACAGGACCUCUGCGGAGCCUACGUCUUCAUCAUCUUCACCAUCCUGCUGGUCCUCUUCUUCAUCUUCACCUACUUCAAGGUGCCCGAGACCAGGGGCCGAACCUUCGACGAGAUCGCCUCCGAGUUCCGCCAAGGGGGUGCCGCCCACGGAGACAAGAACCCGGAUGAGUUCCACAGCUUGGGAGCCGACUCCCAGGUCUAAAGUUCGGGAGGUGGGCAGGCAUCUCCUCCGCGCCACUCUUGCCCUCCUGCCCGUCUUCUCCACAUGUUUGUUGCAGCCGCCAGGCCCCGGGCGAAGAAAAAGCAUCUGGGCCUGAGGGAUUCCAGCCCCACUUGGGCCUGGGUCUCUGGGCGAAGGACCCGUCUCGUAGCUCCUUAGGAAGAACUUUUAGCGGCUGGUCUCCAGUCCAGGAUUUCAACGUGGUCAAAAGCCUUCAGAAGCAACAAUUCCUCUUGAGAUGAUAGCACUUCUGCCCCCACCCCACCCCCACUUGCUCUGUUCUUUUUUCCUCUUUGUUUUAUAAAGGAGAAAAAGCAUCUCCCCUUCGCCGC